UCUGCUUGAUUGAAGAAACCAAGCAACAACCAACCAUGGGAAGAGGAGCUCAGGGGGAGAACUCUGAGGCCAAGGUGUCAAGGCCACUGAAAGAGGUGACCUGGGGAGAGGUCAAGGAGAAGACGUCUAAGGAUGCCAUGUGGGUGGUCAUCGACAAUGAGGUGUACAACAUCACCAACUGGGUCAAGAGGCACCCAGGAGGGGAGAGGGUGCUCAAGCAUUACGCCGGACAGGAUGCCACGGACGCUUCCAAAGCUUUCCAUAAUGACCUCGGGCUAGUGAAGAAGUACAUGAAGCCCAUUCACGUGGGCUCGGUCAAGGAAUCUGAGCAAAUCAAGGACGAAGUGGAAAAUGACUUCAGAGAAGUGCGAGAAACUGCGAGAAAGAUGGGCCUGUUCAAACCGAGCGCGUUUUUCUACGUGGCCAGCCUGAUCCACAUCCUCGUCUUCUAUGGCGCUUCCUGGCUUAUCUUGUACAAGUACGGAACCGGCUGGCUGCCCUGGCUGGCAGCCCUCACCUGCUUUGUUAUUUCCCAGGCUUCUGGAGAGCAACUGGUUUUCCUGGGUAUCAACCAUCAAUCACGUGCCCAUGGGUAUAGAAGAGGAGACAGGAGAGGACUGGUUCAGACUGCAGGUUGGCCACACGUGCAAUCUUAGCUCUGAUACUUUCAAGGACUGGUUCACCGGACACCUCAACUACCAGAUCGAGCAUCAGUCCCUGAAGAAAUCGGGAGAGCUUUGGAGCCAGACCAGGAGUGAACUCCUUGCGCAGUAGGCAAAUAUCAUCGACGAGAGGCUUCACCACAGCUGCGUCUCUACUGGUAUACUUGGCGGACCAACAGCGAACGAGGAAAAACUCAAUCUGAUAACAAAACGAGGUCCAGUGCUGGAACAUCAGCAUUAUUUUAGCGUAAAUCGAUGGACGCAACGGAGUUUUCACACGAAAAAAAGAAUACAACUCAGAUGAAACUUGGAAAGACUGUAUGUAACCUUUUCACCUGCUGUGCCAGUGCCAUUUGUCUUGGAAAAGUGAGGUUAAUUGUACCAAAUGUGUUAACUAUGUCACAAACACGAGUUCGAGGUCCAAAAGAUUACAAAACACCAGCAACAAUUAUAAAUCUUUCGACGAAUUUAUUAUUUUCAGAAUAAUUGGAGAAAAAACAACCCAAACCAUAAGAGCUCUGAGACAGCCUGGAAGCACAAAAUACGGAUUCGACAUACAGCUGUGUCAGACUGAAUCCCCGUGUCACUAUCUCGUUAUGGCAUUCGUCACAAUGUAGCAGGCUCGGUGAGGUGAUGUCUUUAUCUUGUAGAUGAAUAAACAGAUUUUGCAAAAUCAGUAA